CGGUGGCGGCGGCAGCGGAGGGGCGCAGCUGACGCGGACCGGGAUCCUGCGGAUGGCGCUGGGCGGCGGCGCCGCCGACCCGCUGCUGCCGGCCGAGGGCGGCGGGGAGCGGCGGGCGCCCUUCGUGCUGCGGGCGCUGCGCAUCGCCCUGGUGGUCUGCCUCUACUGGUUCACCUCCAUCACCAUGGUGUUCCUCAACAAGUACCUGCUGGACAGCCCCUCGCUGCGCCUCGACGCCCCGCUCUUCGUCACCUUCUUCCAGUGCGCCAUGACGGCCGCCCUCUGCAUGGGGCUCAGCCUUGGGGCCUCCUGCGGGCCGUGCUGUGCCGGGCUGCCCGCACUGCGCCUCGACCUCAAGGUGUCCCGCAGCGUGCUGCCCCUCUCUGUCGUCUUCAUCGGCAUGGUCACCUCCAACAACCUCUGCCUCAAGCACGUCGGCGUGGCCUUCUACAACGUGGGGCGCUCGCUCACCACUGUCUUCAACGUGCUGCUCUCCUACCUGCUCCUCAAGCAGACUACCUCUCUCUAUGCCCUCCUGGCCUGCAGUGUCAUCAUAGGUGGCUUCUGGCUGGGUGUUGACCAGGAAGGAGCAGAGGGCACUCUGUCAUGGACAGGUAUAUUCUUUGGGAUCUUAGCAAGCCUGUGUGUCUCCCUCAAUGCCAUCUACACCAAGAAGGUGCUGCCUGUGGUGGAUGGUAGCAUCUGGCACCUGACCUUCUACAACAACGUGAAUGCUUGUGUCCUGUUCUUCCCCCUCAUGAUGAUGCUGGGCGAGUUCCACACCCUCUACCACUUUGACAAGCUGGGAAACCCCACUUUCUGGGGCAUGAUGACCCUGGGGGGAGUGUUUGGCUUUGCCAUUGGGUAUGUGACUGGACUUCAGAUUAAGUUCACUAGCCCACUCACCCACAAUGUGUCCGGGACAGCCAAGGCCUGUGCCCAAACGGUGCUGGCUGUUAUUUACUUUGAGGAGACAAAGAGCUUCUUGUGGUGGACAAGUAACUUGAUGGUGUUGGGGGGCUCCUUUGCCUACACGUGGGUAAAAGGGCUGGAGAUGAGAAAAGUGGAAGAGGAUCCUAAUCUCAAAAGCAGUGAAAGAAAUGAGACUGGCGUGUAGGCAGAUUCAGCCUGCACCUGUUUCUGUACCUGGGAGUUAACCGUCAGAGCUCCUUUCCUCCUGCAGAGAAGAGCAAGGAGCAGGAAAAAUUCACCUGCAAAUGGUAUGGGGGGAGCUGUGUCAGGAACCAGAGCCAAAGAGCUAACUGAAUCAUGUCUUGUCCACUGGAUCUCCCCAGCUCAGAGACAGGGUGAGAGCAUGUGUUCUAGAGAAGUAUCAGGUUUUUUGUGGACAUUUUUCUAAAAUGGCUAUUGCCACUGACCUAAUCUGAGCAAUUCCCAUCUCUGUGGGGUGGUCAAAGAAUGGGUUGGGAGCUCUGUGUAUUUAGGGAUCUAGAAUGACAGCUGACUGAAUUAAGAGUGUGGAGUUACAAAAUCCUGAACCUCCAUGAGGGGGAGGCAGGUAGCCAAGCUGUUUGGGAUAGUCUUAAGUAAAUGGUUCUGCUGCAAAAGAAUUGGCAAUAAUGGUUUAUUCCUGUUUCGCUGUUCAAUGCGAAGGGUUGGAAAUUUCUUUCCGUCUGGUUGUGUACAAGCCUAAGAAGCAGCAGUGCCCCAGAUCCCUGUUCCAAUGGGUCAGUAACUCAUCCUGCUGAGGUCUCUUGUUUCUUGCCCUCUGGGUUCUUAGUUUGGGAACCAUGUUAAGAAGCAGGUGUGAUACAUCAGCACCUUUUCCUGGGAGGGAAAGUGUGUGCUCUCAAAUGGCCUGUCUGCCUUAAAAAAGAGGAGCAAGCAUGCCUCUGCCCUCAGUGACAAAAGGGAGAGGAAAAGCUGUUCUGAAGCACUUCCUCCCUGCCACAACAUCUCAUGGGGUUCACAACACUCACCCUCUGUGCUCUCAAUUUAGGGGCCAGGCUGACAACACCUGGGCUCCUUCCAGAAGACUUACACCACACCAGCUUUGUACCCCCCCCAGCUGCUCGGGGCUCAUUCCCUCACAGCCCCCCGCCAUUUUAGCCCGUCCCCUCCACCACCAUUUCAGCGCUUGAGGAAAAAAAUAAAUAAAUAAACUUUUAACCAUGU